ACAAAAUGACAAACUAUGAGGCUUUUGGUUCAAUUUGAUGCGCUUUUGCGCGAUAGUCUGCAUUUAAUAGAUCUUGGUGGUAGUGAAAGGGUAGAUGGUCCGAACCACUGGAGAGAGGUUGAGGGAGGCACACGACAAAUAAGGAAAUCACUUUCUGCACUUGGGGACGUGAUAAUUGAUUUAUCUCAAGAAAAUCCAAAUGUGCCUUAAAUAAAUAGCAAACUUACUCGGUUUUCCAAUGUCGUGUUGGAAUAUUUUCUUAGUUUAACGAAUUUUAAAAGCUUAAAUGACAACGAUGUCUAAGCAAAUUGCCAUAACCUUUGACUUCCUCCCUCCAAAUCCCACACCACAAAGAAUCUUCCCAAUAACCCUUCAGCGUUGUUGUUCCCGACUCACUGCCAGGGACCAACCCUUGUCACUAAGAGUGCACAACAUUGACCCAGAAAGCUACAAGAGACGAGGAUGCAAUGGAGACUCAGAAUCUCACCCCAAACCCUGUUCAUGAUGGUGUUACGUCAGCUUUGAUCUUUCUUGGAACUGGGUGCUCCAACACUGUCCCCUUUGGAUUGUGCCUGAUACAGCCAUCAGAUCCACCUUGCCAUGUUUGCUCCCGGGCCCUCUCUGUCCCACCUGAGAAAAACCCCAACUACAGGUGCAAUACGUCUCUUCUUAUAGAUUAUUGCCAGAGUGAUGACAAGCACAAAUAUAUAUUAAUUGACAUUGGGAAGACAUUCAGGGAACAAGUGCUUAGGUGGUUUACUCUCCACAAGAUUCCUCGAGUGGACUCUAUUAUUUUGAGUCAUGAACAUGCUGAUGCAGUUCUUGGUCUUGAUGAUAUACGUGCUGUACUACCUUUUACGCCCACAAAUAGCAUUCCCAUUUAUCUAAGUCAGUUUACCAUGGAUAGCGUUUCUUUGAGAUUUCCAUACUUGAUAAAUAAAAAAUUAAAGGAAGGCCAAGAAAUAAGGCCUGUAGCAGCACAGCUGGAUUGGAAGAUAAUUAAGGAAGACUGCCAGAGUCCAUUUGUUGCAUCAGGCGUACAAUUUGUUCCUUUGCCAGUGAUGCACAGAGAAGAUUAUAUUUGCCUGGGUUUUCUUUUUGGUGAAAAAAGUAGAGUAGCUUAUAUAUCUGACGUUUCAAGUUUUCCUGCAAACACAGAAUAUAUAAUCUCAAAAGAAGGGGCUGGGCAGUUGGAUCUUCUUAUCAUGGAUGCCUCACGCAAGACUGGGCUCACUGGUGCUCACUUCUGCUUAUCAGAUGCCCUUGAAGCUGUAAGAAGACUAUGUCCAAAGCAAGCUCUUUUUACUGGCAUGGGUCACGAGUUUGAUCAUCACAAGGACAAUGACUUUUUAGCAGAAUGGUCUAAAAGGGAAGGAAUACUGGUGCAGCUAGCUUAUGAUGGUCUGAGAAUUCCUGUAGAUCUAUGAUAAGGUGCUGAUCCAGCUUAAAUACAGGAUCCUGGUCUCUGACUCUCUGGUUGCAGGUUCUUGUCAUCAGACCUCCAUGCAAGAAAAAUUUGCACUGUUACUUUGUACUAGACCAGUAAGUUAUUUGACGGUGUUUCUCUUGCGAAGAAAUGUGUAUUCACAACUAAAUGAAAUCUUAAUAAAUGUCGGACUACAAAUAUAGCAAUGUUUCACA